UUUUUUUUUUACAACAAACAUUCUCCAUUUCCAACGUUCAUUACCAUGAGCCAAUUCAACACUGACAUCAAGACCUAUGAAUUCAAUCACACUAUGAUCCGUGUGAAGGAUCCAGGAGCCUCGCUUCACUUUUACCAGGAGAUUCUUGGUAUGAAACUUGUUUCCAAGAUGGAUAACGAGGGCGGCAAGUUCACUCUCUACUUCUUAGCUUACGUGAAUGAUGAUGAGUUUGCGAGCUUGCAGGGCAAGACCGAAGAACAGCGUCGCUCCUAUGUUACCAACCGUGCUGGCGUUCUUGAGCUGACACAUAACUGGGGUACGGAGGACGAUGCAAAUUUCAGCUAUGCUAAUGGAAAUCAGGAUCCUGGUCGUGGCUUCGGACACACCGCCAUCGUUGUCGAUGACAUCGAAGAGGCUUGCAAGCGCUUCGAGAGCUUUGGUGACAAAGUCAAGUGGGUCAAGCGUCUUACAGAUGGCAAGAUGAAGAAUAUCGCCUUCAUUGCUGACCCUGAUGGCUACUGGGUUGAGAUCCUCCGUCGUGGCCACAACUAAAACAAAGGAACUAAGAGAUCCAAGGAUAGCCGAUUUUUGUACAGUUAAAAGUAUCUUUCGAUGCUCUUUUAGGGUCCAGUGUGGACAAAAAAAAAGUCAAUAAAGAAAGCCACAUCUUCUCACAUUAAAAAUUUUACGAUCAGACAAUUGAAACACCACGCAUUGAAGCGAAC